AUGCAGAUUUGUGUACUAGUUAGGGGAAGAACGCUUGGUCGAAAUGGUCUUAUGGAAAGGGGAGUACAUGGCUCCUGGUUCCCAGCCUUACUCGUAUUUAUUAUCUGUGGUGUCACAUCCCAACAGUUCUGUGAUGAAAACAAUCCGCGAGUUGGAAACACACCGGACUACAAUAAACUUGCACAGCUACUCAGGGAACGCAUGGAUGAUGAGGUACACCCAUGCGAUGAUUUUUAUCAGUUCGCAUGCGGUAGGUUCAGCCGCAAGGCAACAAAGGAGGACGAUUUGAGAAGAAAGCUUAAAACAGCAGCAAGAGAAACUCACAAGGGUUUCAAUAUGUUUCUGUUAGCCAAGGAAUUGUUCAACACACAGAAACUAAGAUCUUGGGAAAAAGUUGACUUUGAAGAGAGUCUACUUACCAUGGAAAAUGUUAAAUUUCCAAAAGCAUUUGAGAUAGCCCAACUAUGCUACAAAAGCUGCUUGCAAGGUAAUCAGCAGUGGGAGAAAAUUGGCGGAACAUUUCAAUUUGUGCUAAGAAAAAUUCGCGAUUUUGGCCGUUAUCCACUCAUCGAUGAUAAGUACUUUGAUAGUGGCGACUCUAACUACACGAUGGAUCUGACCGAUUUGUUAGUCUAUUAUAAUAUGAACAGAACAACGACCGACUAUCUGGUUCCGAGUAUUUCCUUCGCGGAUGUAAAUACUAGACUGAAGUUUCCUACAAGAACGAGGGCGAACCUCUUCGACGGUGAUAUCAGUUUGGUGGGUUUGUUUUGA